AUGUCUCGACCCAACAACCCCAACAAGCGCUCAUAUAACAGUUCCACCACCAGUUCCACUACCGGUGACGGCGGCGUUGGGCCCUAUAACUGCACCUAUCCUCCUCCGGCAAUGAAGAAGGCCAAGUCACAAGCCGUAGCGUGCUCUCUCGAUGGCAAGAACGGCCAACAACAUUCACCGCACGUCCACUUCGCUCCCGAUAUCGAAAACUUCGUCGUCGUCGAUUCCAACUAUAUGAGCGAAGAUCCCAACCCGAACGACGUCGUUGAUGGCCCUUCCCCCGCCGGGCGUGUCUCCACCAGCGGGGUCACAGCCAAUUUGGCUCGAAAAAAGGCGACUCCACCGCAGCCGGCGAAGAAGCUCGUGAUUAAGCUCGUGAAAGCUAAACCGACGCUGCCAAUAAAUUUCGAAGAAAACACGUGGGCAACUCUGAAGUCAGCUAUUAGUGCCAUCUUCUUGAAGCAGCCAGACCCUUGUGAUUUGGAGAAGCUCUAUCAAGCUGUCAAUGACCUUUGUUUGCACAAGAUGGGGGGAAGUCUCUAUCAACGGAUUGAAAAGGAGUGUGAAGCACACAUAUCCACUGCACUCAAGUCUUUGGUCGGUCAAAGCGAAGAUCUAGUGGUUUUCUUGUCGUUAGUUGAGAAGUGCUGGCAGGAUUUUUGUGACCAGAUGUUGAUGAUCCGUGGUAUAGCCUUGUAUCUUGACAGAACAUAUGUUAAACAAACCCCAAAUGUCCGUUCAUUGUGGGACAUGGGCUUGCAGCUUUUCCGUAAACAUCUCUCCUUAGCUACAGAAGUUGAGCACAAAACUGUAUUUGGUCUUCUGAAAAUGAUCGAGAGCGAAAGACUAGGUGAAGCAGUUGAUAGGACUCUCCUUAACCAUCUUUUGAAGAUGUUCACUGCAUUGGGAAUUUACUUGGAUAGCUUUGAGAAGCCAUUCCUUGAACGUACGUCUGAAUUUUAUGCGGCUGAAGGCAUAAAAUACAUGCAGCAGGCAGAUGUGCCAGAUUAUCUGAAGCAUGUGGAGGUAAGGUUGCAUGAAGAACAUGAUAGAUGCUUACUAUACUUGGAUGCAAGUACAAGAAAGCCACUGGUAGGAACUGCAGAAAGGGAACUCCUGGAACGCCAUAUAUCUGCAAUUCUGGAUAAGGGUUUUAUGAUGCUGAUGGAUGGGAGUCGUAUUGAGGAUCUUCAGAGGGUCUACUUGCUUUUUUCUAGGGUGAAUGCCCUUGAAUCAUUGAGGCUGGCCCUGAGCUCCUACAUUAGGAGAACUGGGCAGGGCAUUGUCUUGGAUGAAGAAAAGGACAAAGAUAUGGUAUCCAGCCUCUUAGAAUUUAAGGCAUCUCUUGAUACAAUAUGGGAAGAAAGCUUUUCAAAGAAUGAAGCAUUUUCCAACAACAUCAAGGAAGCAUUUGAGCACCUCAUCAAUCUGCGGCAGAAUCGACCCGCUGAGCUUAUUGCCAAGUUUUUAGACGAAAAGCUUCGUGCUGGGAAUAAGGGUACUUCGGAGGAGGAAUUGGAGGGUACACUCGACAAAGUCUUGGUUUUAUUCAGAUUUAUACAGGGUAAGGACGUCUUUGAAGCAUUCUAUAAGAAGGAUCUUGCAAAAAGGAUACUGUUGGGAAAAAGUGCUUCCAUUGAUGCAGAGAAGUCCAUGAUUUCCAAGCUGAAGACUGAGUGCGGCAGCCAGUUUACCAACAAACUUGAAGGAAUGUUCAAGGACAUUGAAUUAUCAAAAGAGAUAAAUGAAUCCUUCAAGCAAUCAUCCCAAGCUAGGACAAAACUCCCAUCUGGAAUUGAGAUGAGUGUCCAUGUCUUAACAACUGGAUACUGGCCGACCUAUCCACCUAUGGAUGUUCGGCUUCCCCAUGAACUCAAUGUUUACCAGGAUAUUUUUAAGGAAUUCUACUUGAGCAAGUACAGUGGAAGACGAUUGAUGUGGCAAAAUUCAUUAGGUCACUGUGUGUUGAAAGCAGAAUUUCUGAAAGGUAAAAAGGAGCUGGCAGUUUCUCUAUUUCAGACUGUUGUUCUGAUGCUGUUCAAUGAUGCCCAAAAGCUUAGCUUUCAAGAUAUCAAGGACUCUACUAGCAUUGAGGAUAAGGAACUGAGAAGAACACUGCAGUCCCUUGCAUGUGGAAAAGUUCGUGUCCUUCAAAAGACACCGAAAGGAAGAGAAGUGGAGGACGAUGAUUCGUUUGUGUUUGAUGAUCAAUUUACUGCACCUCUAUAUCGUAUAAAGGUAAAUGCUAUCCAGAUGAAGGAAACGGUGGAGGAGAAUACAAGCACCACUGAAAGAGUAUUCCAGGACCGUCAAUAUCAGGUUGAUGCUGCUAUUGUUCGGAUAAUGAAGACCAGAAAAGUCCUAAGUCACACACUCUUGAUAACUGAACUCUUUCAGCAGCUCAAGUUUCCGAUAAAACCUGCUGACUUGAAGAAAAGGAUUGAAAGCCUCAUUGACAGGGAGUACCUCGAGCGAGACAAGAGCAACCCACAAAUAUACAAUUACCUGGCAUAA